UUCUAUAUCUCACCCUCAAUCCUGCAAUACCAUUGCCUGUUCUUCUCAGCCAAAAUGGGUGUAGAAAUUCUUCCAUUGAAAUCAGACACAUUCAAAUACUCCCCAAUACCGUAUACCAGCAAUCCCCUUCGCCUUUGUUGGCACGACAUAUUACUCUUCUGGCGAUGUCGGUGGUCAUUGUUCGGCAUAUUGUUCCCAUUCACGCAGUGGAACUGCCGAGAACUCGAUGAACUAUACCCCUUCUCUGUGCCGAAUGUAUUGUGUCUUGCUCUCCAUGGGUUUCUUAUUAUUCUCCAAUUUGCGUUCCUGAUCUCGUUGCCACUCCUUAUAUUCUUUCCACUGGCGACUGAUAUCCUUUAUGUGGCCGUUAUUGCGGUGGUCACAUUUGCAACGUCUCGAAUCCUGAAUGGAAGAGAUACUAUUCACAGAUCCACCAUCGGGUUGAAUGAAGACCAACACAGCAAGGAGCGUUGGAUUUAUAUGAAUGGCGUCUCGGUGGGAAAGCAUUGGUUCCAGGGAAACCUAGAUCGUUUGGCAAUGACCUUUCGCCGUCCAGUGACGGGUGUCCAUAAUCCAACGUACGGAGUUAUUUUCGAUCUCAUCCAAUGCAUCAUAGAAAGGAAUUUCUGUUAUUCGACUUUCGAUGUCCGCCAUUCAUAUGCUUUGAUAAAGCAAAGCAUACUGGAUGAGAAAUAUGAUAAAGUCAUAGUCAUAUUCCAUAGUCAAGGUGGCAUUCAGGGAAGUUUGAUGAUGGAUUGGCUGUACGCCGAGCUGGCACAUGACAUGCUUCAGAAGUUAGAGAUUUAUACCUUCGCCUCUGCUGCCAAUCAUUUUAAUAACCCACGACGAAGUUCCGUCGAGGAGAACGGCUUUUCGAACUCCACACCAAGAAAUGCUGUCAGGCACAUCGAGCAUUAUGCCCAUGACGGCGACUUUGUUUCCCGAUGGGGAGUUCUGAAUUUCUCACAGAUCCGUAAUCGUUAUGAAGGCCGGGUCUUUAUCCGCUCGGGAAUGGGACACUUGCUCAAUCAGCACUACCUGAAUGUUUUGUUUGUUCUUGACGAGAACAAACGCGUGCUGGACCAGAACGAUUUCAUGGAUAGCGAAAUUACUGUGACGAGCGAGGGGGCGGAAGACAAGGCGAAGGACGGUCUGAUGGACUCAAUUCUGAACGGGGGUAAGGGUGGAAUUGGUGCCAUCGUCGAGGAUCCCAACGCUCUGUCACAAAAGGUGACUUCUCGUCAUGGAGAUGCAGAAACGUUCCAGAAAAAGCUCAAAGUUAAAGACUACUCACGAUUGUGGAAGUAUAGGAACGGUGGGAGUCCAGAGGACUGAUGUAAAUGCGUCAUCCGUUGGCUUAUGAUGAAUGUAAUGACUGUACCCUUCGAAAAUAAUUCCCCUCCAUUAGUAGUCCGCAAAGCAGUCUUCGAUUUUCUUCAUCCUACAUCACAGAUGAUUCGUCACCUAUGAUAGCUUGCGAGGCCUGUUGCAUAAAUUCCUCUCUGCCGAUGGUGUAUUUUCUGUAUUAUGAACAUAUUCAAACUGUGGUACACGUUCAGAUGAUAGGAAUGAGGCCAUGUCCAAAGCCUAAGGGUAAUCUAUUGGAUCAUUUGACUAUUGCACAGUUUUUAUGUCACAUUGAGUUUACUCUGAUAGGAGAAUUGAGGACGCUUAUGCCUUCUGUUGAACAAUUC